AUGGGCGACUGGAGUUUUCUGGGAAGACUCCUAGAAAAUGCCCAGGAGCACUCCACGGUCAUCGGCAAGGUUUGGCUGACCGUGCUGUUCAUCUUCCGCAUCCUGGUGCUGGGGGCGGCGGCGGAGGACGUGUGGGGCGACGAGCAGUCCGACUUCACCUGCAACACCCAGCAGCCGGGCUGCGAGAACGUCUGCUACGACCGGGCCUUCCCCAUCUCCCACAUCCGCUUCUGGGCGCUGCAGAUCAUCUUCGUGUCCACGCCCACCCUCAUCUACCUGGGCCACGUGCUGCACUUGGUGCGCAUGGAGGAGAAGAGGAAGGCCAGGCAGGAGGAGGAGCAGCCGAAGACGGACAGCCCCAGCCCCCCGGAGCCGCCGCAGGACGGGCCCUCGUCGCGGGAGGACCGCGGCCGGGUGCGCAUGGCCGGGGCGCUGCUGCGAACCUACGUCUUCAACAUCAUCUUCAAGACGCUGCUGGAGGUGGGCUUCAUCGCCGGCCAGUACUUUCUGUACGGCUUCGAGCUGCAGCCGCUGUACCGCUGCGACCGCUGGCCCUGCCCCAACACGGUGGACUGCUUCAUCUCCAGGCCCACGGAGAAGACCAUCUUCAUCAUCUUCAUGCUGGCGGUGGCCUGCGCGUCGCUGCUGCUCAACAUGCUGGAGAUCUACCACCUGGGCUGGAAGAAGCUCAAGCAGGGCAUGACCAGCCUCGGCCCGGACGCCUCCCAGGCCCCGCCGGAUCUUCACAGCAGCCCAGAAGUCUGGUUGCUGAGCGCUGUCUCUGGGGGUAACUGUUCUGUUGUGGUAAAGCAACAGGUAUCCUGCAGUCCCUUCAGCGCCAGGGCAAUUGGGUUUGCUAUUCCUCAGCUCUCCAGAGCCUCUGGGCAGCCCAGAGAGUCAUAG